AUGACGGGCUUCCGAUUGGGUUGUGGCGGCAAGAAAGAAAAGCUCUCGCCGCCCGGGGCGAAGCCAACGGCUUUCGUUGAUGAGGUCUCGGCGCCCCGUGGUUUCGGCAUUCGCAGCUAUCUGCACAACUUCUAUCUGUCACCCACCACUGAAGAUAUGGAGCAGGGUGGAGCAUGGUAUUUGCUCCCUCCACCAUCUGCUCAUAGACGUGGCCUGUUCAUCUGCCGUAUAUGCACAGUAAUCGGUCUAAUGCUUCUGAUUGGAGGAGCUAUAUCGAUCAUUAUCGGCUACACAUGGCCACAUGAAGGAAUCGAACAGAGCAUAUACAAGAUUAUAAUUUAUGAGGACGAAGAUGGAGGCUAUUAUGUUCCACAGGACAAAUUAAGAGAAAUGCUUCGUGAUCCAAUGAAACUGUGGAAGACUGCCGGAUUUUGUGUCUUCGCAUCUGGUGCUCUCCUUCUCGCUGUAUCACUAAUGGUUCCAACGUUGGCCGCAUGUAUCGGAUCGAAACGACUUUCCGGAUUCAUAAGUGAGGACACUUCACCUAACGAACCACCGGUACGCAUCUAUCCUCAGGAGAAGCCAUCCGUGUCACAUACAAGGUGUGUUACAUUUCCUCUUGAAAUAAACCAAAUUCUUUAA